UAUGUAUUUAUCAAAGUUUAAACUUUGUUUACAUAACAUGGUAAGAGCAGGUGUUAAGAUUCACAAUGUUAUAAGAAGGUAUUAACAUAAAUAGGCCAGAAAUAUUUGACAAGAUGGCUGUAAAUCACCUGGUAUUAGUUUUACUGACUAUACUUUUUCAAGAAAUCGCACCAGUAUACAGUAAUGGGCGGGUUUUAGAGCUACCAGCCAUUGACUAUGUCGACAAGUACAAGCGGCACCUGGCGCUUGGAGAGUGUCCGACGCGGACCAUCAACGGUCGAGAAGUGUCAUGUCCGGUGAAGACGCCGUACAGGGGAACACCAAAGUAUUACGAAUACCCCGUAACCAGGAUCACGUACAAGCAAGCCAAUUCGGUGGAAGACAUCUUUAGGGAGAUGACCGUUAUGGGCGGGGUCGGUGUCUCAUUUAUGGGACUCAUUGGAGCUUCUGUUUCGGCACGUUACACGGAGACAUUGAAUGCCAAAUCCAACAGUAUUACCAUGAUGGGCCACGUGACAGCACAGCGCGGGUUUUGGACAUUAGGUCAUCCACGACCCAGCAGCAAUAUUGGAUCUUUAAGUAGAUACCAAACCAAAUACUAUGUCAGUGACAUUUUGGUCGGGGGCGAGGACUCUUUGAUCGUACAGUUGAACUUCAAUUCUGAAGAAGUGAAAAAAAAAGUAGAAAUUACUAUCAAAAUUAAACUUCUGUUCUUCACCAUAACUACAAAAAUGGAAUGGGUGAAGACUAAUUUUAAAGGAUCAGCAAGUGUUGAUAUUCGUCGUAUUUCAUCUAUUGGCAACAGUGUCAAGGAGUCGUACUGCUGUGAUCUAGCUGGCUAUGACAGAGCUCUAGCGAGAGUGAGGCAGCUAGAGGCAGAAAUGGCCAAGGUGGGCACCGACUUGAAGAAAAUCAGCGUGAGUGACGAGCGUCUUCACACAGGAUAUCUGCUCACCCCGUUUGAUACCGAGUCGACAGAUCUUAAGUAUAUGAACGUGGUCUUCACCCACAGAAUGAAAAGACUGACAGACCAAAAGAAUGAGGUUGAAACAGUUCUGAACCAAGUCCAAAGAGAGCUGCAGAAGGUACAGCCGUCCAGCCGCCUAGGUGCUCUGAACUCCCUGGAACUUGAGCUGACCAGAAUAAGGACACAAAUGACCAACGCCCUUAACAGAUUUACCCAGCUGACUCUCUCCCAGACCACAUCACUUGGGAGUUACUAUGGGAAUCUUAGAGCUCCGUUCUAUUACACAAGAAAGCUGGCACAGAUUUUGGCAUCGUAAAAAACUUUGGCAGCUUGGCAAGAACGCACAUUUGUUACUUUAGUUUAACUGAAACUGAGCGACAAUCUAUAAGAGAAAAAUUGACUUUAGUAAAAUAUCACGUUCACAGGUAUUAUUUUGUAUACGUAAGGCAAUAAACUGUGACUUA